CUCCCCUCGACAGAAAACUGCCAGUGAGACGUUUUACAACACUUCAUGUGAAGACGAGGCUCUGAGAUGGCCUUGACUUUGGCAGACAGAGCCAUUGGGGCCAUAAUUGGGGCAGCGGUGGCAGAUGCAGCAGCCCAGCCCAUGCACUGGAUCUACAAUCCAGACAGGCUGAAAGAAGUUCUCUCUGAUCUGGAGCCCUGUCCUGAGUUUCGGGCUCAGUCAGCGAAUCCUUUCUACCGCAGGACGACAGGCGAGCAGACUUGUUAUGGAGACCAGGCGUACGUCCUGCUGGAGUCACUGAGCCAGUGUGGAGAUGUUAAUGUGGAAGAUCUGACCAAGCGCAUCUACAAGUUCUUCGGCUCAGGAACAGUGUACGACCUGCCUCUCAACGAUCCUUACAGGAAGAAAGGAGGUCCUAAAGCCAUCCUCCCCAUCGAUGGCCCAUGGAGAAACGGGAGCCUGAAAGCUUUCAUCAGAAAUGUGGAUGCUGGCAAAGCAGAAACCGGCUGCGAUGUGGACUGUCAGAUGGACGGCGUCACCAAGCUGGCUCCGGUCGUGGCCAUGUAUGCGGGCCGACCUGAGAUGCUGGAGAAGGUAGAGCAAGCCGUACGGGUGACCCAGAACAACGACAUGUGUGUGGCAGUGACUCUGGCUGCAGCGAGGUUUUUGGAGCAUUUCAUCCUGAAUGGUCCAGAUCCCAAUGCUCUGGAUGCAGUUCUGGCUCAGCUGAAUGACCCAAAGAGACCGAACCCUCAGGAGCUGGACCGGGCUGUCAUUGCACAAAUCCACCAGGUGAAGGACAACCUAGCCAAGACAUCCCAACAGCUCAUACCUGCUGUGUUCACAAACACAUGAGCUUUGCCCGGUGCGUUCCAGGGAGCGCUGCAAGGCGUCCUGAAGCUGAACCAGCUGGAUGAAGCAGUCAGGGACACCAUGCGCUGCGGGGGAUGCACCGCCAGCCGAGCCUCCUUCAUCGGAGCCUGUUUUGGGGCACAGACUGGUCUCCAAGGAAUCCCCGAGUCUUGGAGGAAGAGGACGCUGAGAUACCCUCUGCUGUUGGAGCUAGUUAAAAAUGUUGUCCAAAAAAGUUUGCAGAUGUAGCUCUGCUUUGAUUUUUCCCUAAAUACAAUUAUUAUAAUUGCUUUUCAAAGCUAUUUUGGAAGACCUCAGAUCUUCCUCAAACCUUGCAGAUGUGCUUUGACACGACAAUCUAUGACAGUUGCUUUCUAAAGUCUCGUGCUGAAUGAAACUCGAAUCCUUUUGCUCUGUCAACGCUGCAUCAUGCAAGAAAGUGGAAGAUAUUUAUGUUAUGUUUAGGACAUGAAGCACAUUUAUCCUCAGCAGCAGCGUUUUAAGCAACCGUCUCAAAUAAAGACCUUUUAUGUAACCAA